UAAACUUCCUCGUCGUGGGUAAUCGAAGCGGUAUGGGUAGAUGUCAUAAAGUGAGGGAUUUAAACAGUACCUGUACAUAGCUUGUCCUCAUUCUCGUUUAUUACCCACUCAGUUAUUUAUUCCGAACAAGUCUGGGAAAUAUCCAGUAAUGCCAACAUGGGGGGACAAACUCCGUCCAAACCAACACCAGCAAUUUCAGAGUCUCAGAAAAAGACCUUUCAGACAGUUCUUGGCGAUCUACGAAGACAACAGAUUGGAAAGAGAGUUGUACUCAAAAUAGAAAGAUCAUGUCUUUUUCAAGGUGCCUUUCACCAUUUUAAACAGCAAGGAAGUGAACUAAAUCCCCUGGACGUUCAGUUACACACUGCGAGGAGUGAGGAACCGUGUACAAACCUAGGGGGCCCUAAUAGGGAAUUCUUUACCCUGCUUCUCGAAGAAUUUAAAUCUCCAACCUUGGGCAUGUUUGAAGGCCCUGGAAGUUAUCUUUUACCGAUGUUAAAUAGAAAAGCUUUGAGUGGGGACAUGUUUCGAAUAUUUGGAAAGAUUGCAGUUCUUUCUGUGAUUUCCGAGGGACCUGGUUUUCCAUAUUUUCCUCCAUUUCUGGUCAGCUAUUUGAGGGAUCGAGAAUUUGAACACGAACUAAGUAGUUUGUACAUAGUGAAUACCAUGUUGACAGAAUAUAUAAAUCAGAUCUGCAAUGCAACUAGCCAAGAAGAUUUGGACAUAAUAAUUGGAGAAGACGAGGAACGGUUCAUGGACAACUGUGGCUGGCCGUGCACUGACAUGGUGACACCAAGUAAACGUAUGUUAUACGUUCAAACACUGAUUCGAUGGGAGUUGUUCGACAAAAGAAAAGAAAUGUACGAUCAGUUGAAAAUAGGCCUGAAUGUGUUGAAUUUUCUUGAUCUAACAAAGGAUCUGCAGGACUUUGAACAUUUGUAUUUGUGUCGGAGCAAGUAUAAAACGACGGCUGACUACAUAAAAAAGAAACUGCUCCCAGAAGUGAAGAAAUUGAAAGCACAAGACAAGGAAGAAGAGGACGCGAAGAAAUUCACGUUACGAUGUCUCAAGGACUUGGAAGAUGAAGAGGCUGCGCAUUUGUUUCAAUUCAUUACGGGUUUAGACGAUCUACCGGCCCAAGAACUUCCGGUAAGUGUAGAGUUCAACAGGGUCAACCGAGCAGCUGAACUUCCGGAGGCUAUCACGUGUGUGCAGAGACUUAUUUUACCUUUGGGGAACAAAACUAAAAUCCAACUUUAUUCAUCCUUUGAUAAAGCUCUUAAAUUUGGUAGACUCGGUUUUUCUGAAAAUGCAAGUGCAAGGAAAUGAAGAAUUUAAAUUGACAAUCGCCAUCGUCGAUGCUCUGCAUUUUUCUGUUUGUGUGCAAAUCAAGAACAUUGUACGCACAAUACUGCAAUCAUCAACACGCUGCAUGACAAUUUUAGAUUUGCAGAAAAUAUCUGUCACCUUGAAAUAAAAUGCAUAAGAUGUAAUUUUCUUGUUUACCUGCAUUGUAAAUUAAUAGUCUAUCAGAUAUUGUGACAGUUAUGCGUAUCAAACUGAGUGGACUUUUGUAAACCUGCGCAGUGAGUAAUAGUGACAAAGCAGAAAGAGAGGAAUAUUUUUAUUUUCUGCAGAACCUCUCACCUCCGAGAAAAGAGCAUGUUGAAAUGAGUAAUUGACAUAAUUUGCUAAUGUAGAGAACUCUUUUAAGUGCGUUAUAUUAAAGAACAUAAUGGAUCUGCUAACGCACAUUCUCGGGCUUUUCUGGCCAGCAGAAAAACAACCUCGAAUUUGUUGUAACAGUAACCAUCAUUUUCAUAUCCAAUCAAAAUACGACGAUUCAAUUCAAUUCUUUAUUGUUAAUGUAUACAUGUACAUUAUCACAUAAAAAGUGUAUUGUUUUUCUUUUCAAAGGUAUAUAAAAACAACAACAACAAUU